AUGGUCGACCUAUUCAAUUUGACCGCUCACUCGCAACAGAGGCACACGGCUCUUGCGCUGGACAGUGACGGCGCUCUGACAUUUGCAGCGAACGAGCGUGGAGCACAGAGGUUCGGAUGCCGCGAUAGCGUUCCAGGCUUUCAUCAAUCAGGUCAGCUGAAUAAACUUCAACGCGAUGGGCUUUACAGCCUCUGUCCAUGUGAGCCUUCUGUAUACUGGGACGUCGCCUUGACGAGCACCACACAUGCCGCCCCGCAGCGAGAGAGUCACUGUGACAUGGAAGCACCGGCUGACCGAGCGUAUUAUACACGAUGUGCUAUUGGUGUGUUUGCUGCAGCCUCAGAGCUGAGCAGCGGCAGAGCAAUCGCGAGUCACGAGUCGGUCAAUGGAUUCGCGUCUGGAACACGCACAAAGUCAAAACAGGACGCUCUGCUGCCUCGCAGAGUCGUGAGUCGUGACGAGUCGUGA